AUGGCUAUACAAUUAUUAACCUUUCAACUAACAGCAAACAUUCAAAGUGUUGAUGGAAGCUUCAUGAGGAAAUCCACAGUCAAAGGCAAUACAGGCCUUCAUCAAAUUAUUCAAGAGUGUGAUCACUCUCCCAAGGAAGGGAAAAUUUCCUGUGGAUGUUAUUCCAAUAAAAUUCUCACUAGAGGUUUCAAGGAACUAUCUGCCACUAAAGCAACCAACAGUUCUCUGAAAGAUGGUGAAAUUUCCAACAAGGGUAAAAUUAGGAGUGAGCCCUGGAAAGCAGUUUAUGCAUGUUACUCCAAGACCAUCAAGGAUUUCACAGCUUGGAGAUCUGAUUACACAAAGCUGAAAUUGGAUGAAGAAACAAAUCAAGAGGUUGAGGUGCACUUGAAAGAGGUCAUCAAUUCCGUAGAAAAUCUGUUUGAGAAGAAGCUUCAUCAACUGGAAAGUUCCAAGUUCCGUCUUUACAACUUUGACCUCAUCCUAAGCCUCAAAGAGUCACCAUUGGUGCAAAGAAUGUCUGGACUAUUCAAAAUUUUGCAACAGGAAGCAUGGGAAAAUAUUGAGUUAAAUGUGUUGAAGGUUCAGAUUGAUUCGGUUUUAGAGAUACCAGUGAUUUUACCUGAAGAUUAUUCAGAAGAAAUGAAGAAAACAAUGAAAGAUGUUCUUCAAAUAAUUUCACCCAAAAAGGGUGAAUUACCUGAUAUUAGGUCUUUCCUGGACAGAGUACUGCUACCUUACAUAGCCUCAGACAGCAAAUUCUUCAUUCGAUAUCAUUCCAAGGAUCUACCUGCUAGCUUCAUCAGAGAUAUAUUGAAUGGAUCAGAAAGAUUCAGGAAAAUACGUCUAUUUGAAGAAGACAUUGGUUUAUAUUACAAUGUUGAUCAAUACAAGCUAGAUCGUAUUCUCACUGAAAGAUUGUCUGGACUCCUCCAUGAUGGAUCCAGUAUUGAUGUUUCUGAUAGAAAAUUAGAACAACAGAUCAAAACAUAUCUCCAUCAAAAUCAGGUCUUGGGUGGUCAACCUAUCAACAUCAAGCAAAAUAUUCUCUACAGACUUUUACAUGUUGAAGAAUAUUAUUGCACUACAAUCAAACAUAUCUUUUGA